CAAAUGAAACAACUGAAGAGAUGCUAAAAAUCUCAGAAAAUAUGAAAGACCAAGGGGUCAAGAAAGUAAUUACAAAAAAAUAUUCCUGUAUAGAAGAGCUUUGAUUCAGCAUCUCAUCAGUGGGGUUGCUUCACUCCUCAAACAAAAUUUGUGGCAGAAAGGAAAAAAUAAUUUCCCCCCACACACACAUUUCACAGAAAAGCAGGAAGGGGAUGUUCCAGAUGUUUCUCAAGAUGCUUCUGUGCAACCUCUCUCCCCUCCCCCCCCCACCAUAUUUCCUCCCACAACAGCAGGAUUUGGGGAAAUCCAGGGACAUCCACACCCCAAAUUCCCUGGAAUAUUCACCCUGCCCAUGCCCCUUAUUUCCAACCAUACGCAGCGAGCGCUGCUUAUGCCCCUCCUCCGACUCGGAAACAGCCCAUACAUAACCGAGACGUGUUUUGAGAUAUUUAUUAGAAUUUUAGCAAAUUUGCAAACUUUCUUUAUUUUUUAAAAACUUUUUUUUUUUUUAACGUUCACGUUGGUGGCGGCCGCGCUCGCCUGUUUUAAAACUUUUUUUUUAAUCAGGCGCUCCUCGGGCCGCCUUUUUUUAUGCGCCGGAGGUCACGAAGGUCCCCUGUGUGGAGGGAGGCCCCCAAGAUGGCGAUGCUGGCGGAGCCCCGGAGAAAGCAGAAGUGGUCUGUGGAUCCACGAAACAGUGCUUGGAGCAAUGAUGACUCCAAAUUUGGCCAGAAGAUGCUGGAAAAGAUGGGCUGGUCCAAAGGAAAGGGUCUCGGGGCUCAGGAGCAAGGAAAUCCAGAACACAUCAGGGUUAAGGUGAAAAACGACAUGCUGGGAUUAGGAGCUGCCAUCAAUCAUGAGGACAACUGGAUUGCUCAUCAGGAUGACUUCAACCAGCUUCUGGCUGAGCUGAAUAACUGCCAUGGACAGGGUGAAACAGAGUCCUCUGUGAAAAAGCAAAAAAAGGCAUUCAGCCUUGAAGAAAAAUCCAAAUCCUCCAAGAAACGUGUCCAUUAUAUGAAGUUUGCCAAAGGUAAGGAUCUCUCAUCACGCACUGAACAGGACCUGUCCUGCAUUUUUGGGAGAAGACAGAAGAGUGCCAAGACCCAGGAGGAUAUUACUGAUCCUGACUCCCAGGAAGAGGAAAGGAACAACUCCCUCUCCAGCCCUGGAGAUGUUUCCAAAACAGUGAACAGUGUUCUCACUGUCCAGGAAUAUUUUGCCAAGCGCAUGGCAAAGCUGAAGGGAUCCCAGAAGGAAACAGAAACAAAGGUGGAUCAUUCCAGCCCAGCAGCUGAUGAAGCUGUGGAGCCUUCAGAAGAGCUGGAAACCAAAGUCAAAAAGAAAAAGAAGAAGAAAAGAGAUGAUGAGGUAGAGAGGACAGAGGACUGUGAGAAAACAGGGAAAAAGCCUCAUACAGGGAACUUGAAUGAAAAAGAACUGGAUGAUCCACUAAAUGAAUGUCACAGAAGGAAUAAAAAAAGGAAACAGAAAGAGAAGGAAGGAGAAAACAUCAGUUGUGAUGAAAAUACAGGCAAUGGAGAGUUUUCUGUGGGAAUGUCUGAGUGGGAAGAACUCAGUGCAGAGGAGCAGGAGGAAAAGCAGAAGAAACGCCAUAAGAAGAAGCACAAAAAGCAAAAAGAGGAGACAGGGGAGUGUGGGGAAGGAGCACCCAGAAAGAAAAAGAAGCACUGCAAGAACAUUUAACCCUUUCAGGCUCAGGGGUGAUUCUGUGUUAGAGGAGGCUCUGUGUAAACACAGCACCAGUCCAGGCUUGGACACUGCUCCAGCAGACUGGCUCUAAACACAGGCUGGGUCUAAACUCAGACUGGCUCUAAACACAGGCUGGGUCUAAACUCAGACUGGAUCUAAAUCGAGUUCUCCUAAGGGAAAACAUGGUAACGGACCAGCAGGAGCUUCAGUGCCACAUUCAAAAGGGAUCCACUUGGAGGAUUAACACAUCAAGAAUGUGGAAGACAGGGAAUGACUUUCUCCUGCUUCACACUGACUGUGAUGUUUUCAGUCCAGGAAAAAAAAAAUUGAAAAUCACCUUAGUACUGUCUUUUUAUUAAAAUUGUUUUCACUUGUGCAAGCCCAGCUCUGCUUCUGGAAGCAGAAGGGAGUUUGCAAAGCUGUCUGUGUUUUUUCAUUUAUUUUUGCAAAGUGGUGUCUAAUUUUUACAUUCGUCUCUUUUUACAUAUAAAAUGAAUGUUGUUUCUUCCCAAAAUGUGUACUCUGAUUAAAAGUUUGCUCCUGAGUGUCAGCAC